AUGAGUCCUAGCGCUAAUAGUAAUACCAGAGCCCAGCCGACUUACUUGAUCGGAACGAUCAGUAUGUUGAUGAGCGACGAGCCAAACUCAUGUGUUGAGAUUCACUUGGAGGAACGAUUGAUCCAAGGAGAAGAUGAAAAGGAAGGCUGGAGGAAACACCUACAAUGGACGGCGGCCAAUAUACAGGGUGCGGCCCGCUUGAACCAGCAGCCAGUCCAUCUUAUCGUCAGAUUCCGCGGAACUUGGGCAUGGGCAAUCGUCCAAGACCUCAAGACGAGUUUGGAGGUAAAGCUCUAUGUGGACGUUUACAACCCCAGCUUCAACAGAAAUGAUAAUAGCUGGGAGUUUUCCGACGGCGUACGGGCUGAUCUACUGAUUGGAAACCCUAAUUCGAACCCAUCAUCGUGCUUGGUCAAGGAAAUCAACAUAUAUUCCCCUAUUUCCAGCAAUCCGUCUCCGACUGCACCCUUACUUGAUCAUGUACGCAUCCCAACCACAAUCAACUCCGAACGUGUGCUGCAGCCCACCUCACUAGACCGCAGAGAAACUCAUGGUUUGCCCGGACCACGAACAAAACGCACCCAGCUAGCAGCGGGGAACCACUUGGGUGGAAGCCAAAACAUUGAUCACAAUCAGCCUCCUUCAGAAAAUCCACCAGACUUAUCAUCAGCCAGACAAAACUCACAUAAACGUGCACGAAUCCACUCGAGAGAAUCAACCCCACCGAUCCUUCACCCUCAUCGAAAUCCUGAUCAGUACCAGACAUCGGCCCUCCCCGUUUCUGCAACAUCUAAUGCACCAACUCGUCCUGAUUCUGCUGGCCAGGCUUGCUCGAAGUCCCCAAGGAAUCUUCCCCCAACCUUCAUAAACGAGGAUAUGUCUUUAAAGAAAUUGGACGAUUUAGAAAGUAUGAAAGCAGCUCCGAAAGACGACUUGUUUGGCGUAAUAACGAUCAUCCAUGGAAAAGACGGGACAACAUCGAGAACUGGAUCCAAUCUGGAGAUAACAUUUGACCUGCUCGACUUCUCACGACCAAUUGACAAAGGGGUUGUGCAGUGCAACCUGUCUUGGGAAACAGAGGAGGAGUGCGAAUAUUGGGAAGAUUCGAAUGUCGACUGGAAGGUGAUAUUCCUCCACAAUGUCUACAGAGAAAAAUCAAAGAAUUGCCUUGCCCAGAUCGUUGGCCACAAGGGCUCCUUCGAUUAUGCUGUCUGGUCUCCCGGCUGCAACGGCUCUCCCGAGAAUUUCUACUGCUCCACUGCAAACCUCGAACAUUUUAGCUCCCACUUUGGCUUCACUACUGCAGGUCUGAAAGCUAAAGCCCGCGCCCUUUAUCACGAACAUGAAAAAGAAAACACACACGCAGUCUCUUCGACCGUCCAUUCGGUUCCCACAACCAUAUCUGAACUUGGCGGUGAUAUUGUUGACAAAGUCGAUUUGUGCGUUGAGAUUGUAGAUAUCUGGUUUGCAGAUGCAAAGAAGCAAGAUAAUGAUCGGAUGACGGUGACGGACUAUACAGGAAACCAGGGUCUGAAAAUGUCGAUGGAGGAUCUGAAACGCCAUCCAUUGUUGUGGAAAUUCCACAAGGAACAUGGUACCGAUUCUAGUUGGUCGGUGACGGCAGAGCGGUUGAUGUCGGUCUACCUCAAUCCGCCGAUCCUAAAGGUGAUCUACCAGAAAUUCAAUCCAACCCACUCCUGUGAUUGGCUGUCCUAUCAAGACUAUCGUCAGAAGUUGCUCGGCAAGUUUGUCCGGUUGAGCCAGCUGGACAUCAGCUUUCGCCAAGAUGCCAAAAUAAAGAUCUAUGCCACCAUGGCCAACCCCAGCCAGUCCUCCAUCACCUCCCAGCUUGCUGAAAGAAUUAGACCCAUUGGAUCCUCCGACCCCGCCUUCAAAAAACUGUUGGAUAAUAAACAAUUAUAUAAUGGUUCCCUGUUCCAUUCCUGGUUGCGUCACCUAAUUGCCCGUACUUUAUAUACCAUCAACCUUGAGGUUGUGUGUUCAAUCCUCACUCUCAACAAUAUUACCAACACCACUACUAUCGACGAUAACCUCAUCAACAUCAACAUCAUCAUCAACAAUCACUGUCAGGGGUUAAGAGAUUAUAACCCCCUCAUGAGAAAGGAAUAUAAAUAUUAA